AUGAGGGAGAUUGUGCUCACGCAGGCCGGGCAGUGCGGGAACCAGAUCGGUGCCAAGUUCUGGGAGGUGAUCUCCGAUGAACAUGCCGUCGACUCCGCUGGCACCUGCCACGGGGACAGCCACCUGCAGCUGGAGCGCAUCAACGUGUACUACAACGAGGCCAGCGGUGGCAGGUACGUGCCCCGCGCUGUGCUCGUGGAUCUGGAGCCGGGCACCAUGGACUCUGUGCGUUCAGGGCCCUUCGGGCAGAUCUUCAGGCCGGACAACUUCAUCUUCGGUCAGUGUGGGGCCGGAAACAACUGGGCCAAGGGACACUACACAGAAGGCGCGGAGCUGAUGGAGUCAGUGAUGGACGUUGUCAGAAAGGAGGCUGAGAGCUGUGACUGCCUGCAGGGUUUCCAGCUGACCCACUCCCUGGGUGGGGGGACUGGGUCUGGGAUGGGUACCCUUCUGCUCAGUAAGAUCCGGGAGGAGUACCCAGACAGGAUCAUAAACACAUUCAGCAUCCUGCCCUCGCCCAAGGUGUCGGACACCGUGGUGGAACCCUACAACGCCACCCUCUCAGUCCACCAGCUCAUAGAAAAUGCGGACGAGACCUUCUGCAUAGAUAACGAAGCGCUAUAUGACAUAUGUUCCAGGACCCUAAAACUGCCCACGCCCACCUAUGGUGACCUGAACCACCUGGUGUCUGCUACCAUGAGUGGGGUCACCACGUGCCUGCGCUUCCCCGGCCAGCUGAAUGCUGACCUG